UCAAUUGUUUACUAUGACAAUGAGACAAUCAUUAACUGGAAUCAUUGAACCGGUAGAGUUAGCACGACUUGAAGCUAAUCAGACAGGUUUAGAGCCAAGGAAUGAUAAAAGAAAGCGGGUAUUCAGUGUAAGAAAAGUCUCAACUCCUAGACAGCUCGCACUGAAAAGAAAUCCACCAAAAAACGUGACGGUAUAAAAGCUUAGUCACUGCCCAUUCCAAGAGGCCAGUGCUGCUAGUAACGUGGAUACAAGAUGGAUACCGAUUGGAUGUACUGCCUUAUUUUCGUCUUCGCUUUUAGUGAAGCAUCGACUAAUGAACCAGUUGCUAAUCAACUGAUUGACUACAAGAAUUCACACCAUGAUGUCAACAGAGUGGUGACCGGUUACGGAGUGCCAGUAGAUAACAUAGCCGCCACUUUGACGGUUGGCUACCACGGUCCCGUCCUUCUGCAGGACGUCGUGUUCCUGGACACAAUGGCGCACUUUGACCGAGAACGUAUUCCAGAGAGGGUGGUCCACGCGAAAGGGGCAGGUGCAUUCGGUUACUUUGAAGUAACACAUGACAUCACACAAUACACCAAGGCUGUGGUAUUCUCGGAGGUUGGGAAGAAAACACCAAUUGCAGUUCGUUUCUCAUUUGUUACUGGUGAAACGGGGUCUGCUGAUACGACCAGAGAUCCCCGUGGAUUUUCCAUAAAGUUCUAUACAGAAGAUGGGAUCUGGGAUCUCGUGGGGAAUAACACUCCCAUUUUCUUCAUCCGGGACCCCAUUUUGUUCCCGUUAUUCAUCCACUCUCAGAAAAGAAAUCCUGCGACAAAUCUCAAGGAUGCCAACAUGUUCUGGGAUUUCAUCUCCCUACGCCCAGAGACGACCCACCAGACAAUGAUCACAUUCUCAGAUCGAGGCAUACCGGACGGAUACCGCUACAUGCAUGGCUUUGGCUCCCAUACCUUCAAGAUGGUGAACCACCGACACGAAGCUGUGUAUGUCAAGUUUCACUACAAGACAGAUCAGGGCAUCAGAAACCUAUCUCCUGCCAAAGCGGCCAACAUCUCCGGCACAGAUCCGGACUAUGCCAUCCGUGACCUGUACAACGCCAUUUCACGCGGGGAUUUCCCCACGUGGUCCCUUUACAUCCAAGUCAUGACUUUCAAAGAAGCCGAGCAUUUCCAGUGGAACCCUUUUGACCUAACUAAGGUUUGGCCUCAAGAGGACUUCCCUUUGAUUCCAGUGGGUAAAAUUGUAUUGAAUCAGAAUCCUUCAAACUACUUUGCUGAAGUAGAGCAGAUUGGCUUCAGUCCGGCCCAUAUGAUCCCUGGAAUCGAACCCAGCCCUGACAAAAUGUUGCAUGGCCGCUUGUUCGCUUACUCGGACACCCAGAGGUACCGUCUCGGGACCAAUUAUCUGCAGUUUCCUGUGAACAAACCAUUCCGCUCACAGAUAACAAAUUUUCAACGUGAUGGACCACAAACUUACACAGACAAUCAGGGUGGAGCACCCAAUUACUUCCCCAACAGUUUCCACGGACCGAAGAACGACCCGACUGCUGUCAUAUCCACAUUCAAUGUCACAGGAGACGUUGCCAGAUACAACUCUGGGGAUGAAGACAAUUUCAGUCAGCCAACUCUAUUUUGGAGGAAUGUUCUGAAGCCAGAUGAAAGAGAUCGCUUGGCGCAGAACAUCGCAGACACCCUGAAGGACGCCGCUGAUUUCAUACAGGAUCGGACGGUGAAAAUGUUCAGCCAAGUUGACGCUGAGUUCGGAUACAAACUGUCUGAAGGCCUCAGCAGAUAUGCAGAAAAUAGCGGCAAUUCUUUUGGGUCCUUUUGAGACGCAGAGAACGUUGCACAUUACCCGCUACAUUAACUUUAUGAAAAUGAAACACCCGUAUAAUUGUUCUAAUUACAUCGCGCUGCGUUCUCUCAAGAGAUUCGGUUCACGAUGCAAACCAGGAGUGUCCAAGUGCUCACGUGGUUCUGUUUAAUUAAAAAAAUUAAAUGGGCGUGUCUCACACUUUCAUAAAUGACUGCACACUACAAUAUUAUUCAGCGUCUAAACUAUAUUAUUAUACUAUUAUAAAGCUGUGUAUGUAAUUCAUGAUCCAGGUUCUAGCUCUCUUAUUGCUUCAUAUAAUUUUCAUAAAAUGCACACUACAGGGGUUAAUAAAUGUUCACCAGAAAAAGAAAAUUCUACCCACUAAAGAUUUCCUCUGCAAGAGAAAUCAUCAUAAACAAUUGACAAUAACUGAUCUACACAUUGGAGAGGUGAGUCACUACCGGUGGCAGAUCUUAGCUUCUUACAUAUUAAAAACAGGUGAAAUAAAUAUGACAGAUCAUUCA